AUGGCUCUUUCUAUUUUAAAAAAAGGAUCUAAACUUCCUUUUGGGACAUUUACUUAUAUUCCUUAUGAUGGGAAUAAAUGUUCUUUUAAUGGAGAAGGAGUCCCAGUAGAAGUGACUACUGAUGACUGGAAGAAUUUAAAAGUUGUUUUAUUCUCAGUACCGGGGGCAUUUACACCUACGUGUUCUUCAAGACAUUUACCAGAUGUUAUUAAUCAUUAUGAAGAACUUAAGGCUAAAAAUGUAGAUUUGGUAGCUUUUGUAGCAGCAAAUGAUCCUUUUGUUAUGGCUGCAUGGGGCGAUGCAUUUCAAGCAAGAGAUAAAAUUCAUUUUUUAACCGAUACUGAUGCGAAUUUCUCUCAUUCAAUUGGUUAUUCUAUAGAUUUAAAAACACAAGGAUUUGGGAUUAGAACAGGCCGUUAUGCUAUUGUUGUCGAUCGUGGUGUCGUAAUUUAUGCAGAAGUUGAAAAAGAUCCAAAUAUAGUUACAACUAGUGGUGUAAAAGCAGUACUAGCUAAUCUUUGA